AUGCCUCAGAAAAAGGGUCAAGUAGUAAUAAAAUCUGAUGAGUCGCCGCCAUGUUACGAAGCUAGUACCACUCAGCAUGUAGCAGAUGAGGAGAGAAAGCCUCCCAUUAAAGCUUUGCCUCGGGCUCCGUUUCCUCUAGAAUUGCCUGUGCUGUCUCAGCUUCGAGGGAAGAGAGUCAUACUUGCGUCGGCAAGUCCACGGCGAAAACAAAUCAUCUCUCUUCUUGGUCUCACGAAUAUUGAGGUUGUGCCCUCUACUAAACCUGAAAAUCUAUCAAAAGAGGAUUUGGGGGCAUUUGAGUAUGUCCUUCAAACUGCCAUUCAGAAAUGUCUUGAUGUAUACGCUAUCGCUCUCUCGAACUCUUUGGCCUCUAUUCCAGACCCAUCUCUCGUGAUUUCUGCCGACACUAUAAUCGUCACCACAUCAGGCCGUAUACUCGAAAAGCCACGCAGUGAAAAAGAGCAUCAUCAAAUGCUGAAAAUGCUCCGAGACCAAAAAUCACACAAAUGCUACACAGCAGUUGCAGUGCUAGCACCGAGAGAUGACGCCCGAGACCCUGGGUACAACAUCGAGACUACUGUAGAAGAAACCAAAGUGAUAUUUGCGGCAGAAGUAAGUGAUGAAUUGAUCGAGGCUUAUGUCAAAACGAGAGAAGGCGUAGAUAAGGCUGGAGGCUAUGGAAUCCAAGGGAUGGGUAGCCUUCUUGUAGAGAGGAUUGAAGGAAGUGCCGACAAUGUGAUUGGACUACCGCUGAGGCCUACCCUCCAGCUGAUUGAAAAAGUUAUUUACGAUCAGGAUGGGCCAGAGGGUUGGGAUGAAGAUGAGUAA